UUGUUGUUUUUGUUUUGGUGCUGCUAGUUGUCUUGUUUAUCGGCCUAUUUCAUAACCUAAGUUCUUUCGCAGUUUUAUCGACUAGCAUAUUUAAUCUUUUCAAUAUGCUAUCCUUGUCCGAUGAGCAUAAGGGUCACUUGACUCCUCUAUUCGGCCAACCUCCUCAACUGUUGCAGGACUUUUGUAGACUUGCCGUAGAUUUUCUGAGAAGGGGUCCCAAUUUGAAACUCUACACAACAGCAGCUCAGAAACUUCAGGUUGAUGUGAAUGUGAUUCAACUUGCAGUUGAAGGGUUAGUCCAGCUGAUGGUGAAAAGUAGACAGAACAAUCUCUCCACAUCAGAUUUUCGAGAUUUAGUUUUGACAUCUGGUUUCAAUGAGGAACAAGAGCGCAUUUUAAAUGAGUUACACGAUAGCAAUAAGGCAGAUGUGGAUUUGGCUCUAACAACUUUUAUGCCUUCCCUUUUGCACUAUCAUGAUCUUGAAUGGAGAUUUGACGUUCAGGUUGCAUCAAGAUCUCUACUCAAGCAGACCAUUCCAGCAGUGACCAUUAAACUGACUUUGAAAGAAAUACCUCAGGUCGAAGAAGAAACCAAAUACAAACACCUAUUGUUAGAGACAGACCCUAAUAAUUUGAAACACUUGAUUCAAAAGUUAGAUGAGGCAUUGCUAGAGGCUUCCAGCCAACACAGUAGAAGAUUGCAAAGAAUAUUCAAAUGAAGGGCUAAUAAAUGUUUCCCCCACCAUAAAUUUGCCAUAUAUAUAAACUAUUAAUUUUAUGUCAAGUUAAUUUUUUUUGUAAAUUAGAGAACAUUUAGAUAAGAUUAAAUUUUUAUUAAAGAUAA